AUGCUUAUUAUUGGUUUGACAGGUGGUAUUGCCUGUGGUAAGAGUACUGUCUCAAGAAGAUUCAAGGAUAAAUACAAGAUUCCAAUUGUUGAUGCUGAUAAGAUAUCGAGAGAUGUGGUUGAACCUGGUACUAAAGUCUAUCAAGGUAUUGUAAAUCACUUUAAGGGUAAAAUCUCCGAACUUUUGAUGGACGAUGGUCAUUUAAAUAGACAAAUGUUGGGUAAAUAUGUUUUCAGUCAUCCUGAAGAUUUAAAGGUUCUUAAUGAUUUGACACACCCAGCCAUUAGAUACGCUAUGUUAAGAGAAGUAUUAGGAUAUUAUAUACGUGGUUAUAGUAUGUGUGUAUUAGAUGUUCCAUUGUUGUUUGAAGGUGGAUUAGAUUCAUUUUGUGGAGUGACAAUUAGUGUAGUCUGUGAAAACGAAACACAAUUGGAAAGAUUACAAGUAAGGGAUAUUACAUUAAGUAUAGAAGAUGCAAGGAAUAGAAUUAAAUCCCAGAUGCCUAUGGAGCAAAGAGUUGAGGUUAGCGAUUACGUUUUAGAAAAUGAUAAAUCGGUCGUUUAUUUGUAUCAAGAGAUUGAUACCUUGAUGAAGAAGAUUAAGCCAACAGCUUUGAGGGCAAUGUUAGAAUAUUUCCCACCUUUUGGAGUAGUAAGUGCAAGCGCUAUAGUGGCAGCCAAAUAUAUACAUGGGAAACCAAGAUAUAUAAAGAAAAUAAGUUAA